AUGGCGCUGCCUCCUCCACCAGCACCACCACCUCCACCGCCUCCUCCUCCUAUAGGAGAGGCCAUUCCUCCCUCUUAUCCCGGUCCAGCUCCUUCGAUGCAACCUGUGACAACUGCCCAACCAGCUCCAGACGCUCAAACGGCAUCCCAGCCCAAUACUACCCCAGGAAACGAGGAUAAAAUCUGGGAAAGAUCGUGGACUGUGGACGAGUUGAGAAAGGGGUCAUCAAAUUGGACACUCGCUGCUGAUUCGGGGGUAAGGCUGUCUUACUUUAAUGACUCCGUGUAAAGACUGUAAACGAUAGGGCUAGGAAAUCGUUGAUUUUCUCUAAUUAUUUUUCUGUGACGGAGAUUUUGUCAUUUCUCUUCUGCGUCAUUUCACUGAUGUGUCAAACCACUAGCUGGAAACCUUAGGUGUCAUUAAACUACUUGAACUUUACCAAGUAGUGUUGCUGUUUUCUAUCUUAAAAGGCAAAUCUGUUCACUAUAUGUUUCUCAUAUUUUAUGAGAAAUCUCAUAAAUAUUUAGUACCAUCCUCAAAUGAAAACGAUUACCAUAAAGUGGAGUGGUAAUUUAAUAUUAUUCAAAUUAGCCUACAAAACAUUUCCUCACACAUAUCUGUAUUCAAGUAUCAGGCCAAUCAGCUGUUAUCUAGCAUGAUGAGGAAACAAACUCUACGGCUAAGGAAAUAUUUCAUAUCUUGUCUUGGUUCAUGAGGAAAUGUUUUGUUUUCUCUUCUGUUACAUGGAAUUAGGCAUUUGAAAAGGUAAUUAUUAUGCACAUAGGAAGUUUUAUUUACCUUAUUGGUAACCCUUCAACCAAGCAUUACUCAUUUCUCAAAAUAUUCGCCACUACCACGGGAAGUUAACAAUUUAUUUUGAAGAAUCCUUCAUUGGUUUGUUGUUAUCCAGGAGUCUUCUGACCCAUGACUUGGCUGGAAAUUAAGCAAACAAUCCUAUAUUUUUUUGCCCUAAGAUCUUCCACUGAACAACUUUAAGGUAUACUGAGAAUAUGGUAAUUGCUAUUUUCACGUACAACUUUUUUCCAUCACAAAAGAACACUGGACUGACGAAGUAAAGACUUUUGUUCAAUGCCAGAGUAAUAUGAGAAAUCAAAUUCUGACAGAAAUUAUUAUUUAAGAUUUUGGUCUGACAUUCUGCUAAGAUUACAGUAUAUCUGCAGAAUCAAGUUGUUGCUGGAGAGAAGAUUCUCGGAGUAUUGCUAUCUCAGCUAAGGCUAUCCACUGCCAUGCACAAUGUCACAUCAAAACUUAAGAAAAUAGAGUUGAUUUCAUUUUGACUGUCUACCGUAUCUACUUUUUAGAAACUACAUCUCACAUGAAGUCUUUUAAUACUUUGCCUUCAGUGGAAACUAUAUUAUUAUCAGCUAAAAACUGUUGUGUAGUCCUCUAAAUUUUAUUUUUCAAUUUCCAGUUUCUCCUUUAUCUGCAAGAAUUCUCUCAACGAAUUAUUUCACAAACUCACGACAUUGAGACUCAAGUGGAUGGGCUGAUCAACAGUACAAAAGUGGGUGAAAAAUUUAUUUUCAUUGUUUCAUUGAUACAAACAUCCAUUUAAGUCACGAAAGGCUUGCUGUGUUAAAUUUAUUUUUCUCUAUAAUUGUCUUGUUUUUCUUAAUAAUUGCGUUUUAAUUUUCCUCAUGGGUCAUAAUGAAAAUGAAAACAUGGAGAAGAAUUUUAAAAUAUGUUUUAUUCUAGAGAAAAGUCUUGUGCCCAGAAGAAAUUUCAACAUUUCUUUUGCAUGAGUUUCAUAAACAUUUUAUUGUAUUUUGCUUCAUUGGUUGAUUGACUGGCUUUUUUUUGUCCACAGGGAAUGGAUUCUAAAGUGCAGAAUACAAUGAAUGACUUUUUAAUGCUGUCUAAUACGCAAUUCAUUGAAAAUGUGAGUGUGUUUCUUCAAAUAAUUGUCUAAAAUAUGUUUUUGGUAUACUCAUCAGAGCUGUAUAUCAUCAUAUUUAUAUAUUUACCCAUUUGUGACAUUUGUUUUGCAAGGGUGAGCUUCUUCAAGGGUGCAAACUAAACAAAAGUUCACCCAGGGUUAAUCUGUGUUAUGGAUCAGCUUAUAAAACUACAAGGGAAAAGAAGAAUGAUUAUUAACAGAAACUAACUAUAAUUGCUUUCUCUUGCUUUAUUGUUAGUAUUGUUUCAAGUACAGCCUCUUUUUUACACUGUACAGACACCUUAUCCUGUUUUGCAGUGAACAAAACAAGCAAUCUUGCGGUGUUCAUAUUAACUUAAGUAAUUGUCUAUUUUUUUUAUCAGCGUGUUUAUGAAGAGGAUGUCAGUAAAGAUGAGACAAAUGAGGAGAAGGAGAAAGCUCCUGAACCAGAAAAGGUAUCUUGCAUCAUUCUCAAUGUCAUUGCAUUAAGGGGAUUCUUACCUUGUACACCCCAGCAUUAGUAUUCAUAUUCUCCUUUCUGUUCUCUUUACAACUUCUCUGAUAAUAACAAGGAGAAUUUGUUUGACAAUCAGGAGCUCCUUUAUUGAGUGAUGAUUACCUCUAUUCUUAUAACCUUAGCAGUUUAUUCAAGGAUAGUAAGGAGAAAUUAGAGGUUGGUCACCCUUCUGGGAUUUAAGGGUUAAGAUUUUCUUACCUGUCACCUCUUCCCCAUUUUUCCCCUCUUUGCUCCUUGGCCUUUGAACUCUCACUCUGUACCUUGGGUACAUCAGAAAAUAUGGCAUAGCUCAGUGUCAACUUUUUCUCAGGGUUUAAUAUUUGUACUCUCAACAGGCAAAAACAAGGGAGCAGCUUGAGGCAGAGGUUAUUCCUAAGCUAAGUGAAGCUCUUAGCCAUGGAGUUGGGGUUAUGGAUAAUGCAUUUGUUGCAGUUGAGCUCACAACGGAACGUGAGUAUUAAUUUGAUCAGUGGUUCACCAGCACAUUUACCUUUAUUUUUAGUUAACCUUUAAACUCCCAAGAUCUGAUUGUUAAUUCUCCCCUCUUUCCACUACAUAUUUUCUUGUAAAUUAGCUUUGAGAAUUUGGUUUUAGAUCAAGAUAAAAACCUCUACCUGAUAAGUUUGUGUAUUCUCAUUACCUGUUUGCUGAUUAAUGUCUGGAUAUCACGAGGAGAAGUUACAUGUUAAUCACUUCUGUAAGUUUAGGGGUUAAGUUUCCUACUCAAGUGUGUAAUAACCAAUUGUGUGUUUUUUUGCUUAAGUUCAUAAACUGAAAUCUCUUCUCCCAAAGAUGCACAUAAUUCUUCAAUUCUUUGUAAAGCAACCAUUAAUUGCCUGCUUAAAAAUGAUUGAAUCAUUCAAGACUAUUUCCCUCGUGCAGAUUCUGAUGAUGAAGAAGAAGAUGAUGAUGCCAAGACAGCAUUUAAGCCACAAGUGAUUUUGGAGCCCAAGGUUUGUGAACUAUUUUUUAAUCACCCUGUUUUCUGGAUUUGAUGUUAAUCAGCUACUUAAUGAUGAAGGAGGCUUCAUGCCAUUUGAAGGAUGUAGGAUAAAGACCUAACAAGGAACAAUGUUUACACUGUAAGUCUCCCUUCUCACUCACAACUUUCUCUUUUUUCACCUUGAAGGAUGUUUAUUCCAAUCGUCCAUUGCCACAUCUGAUUGGAAGUGGAGAUUUCUUUAGGGAUGAGCUGGUUGGCUUGGGUGAAUCUUCAGGAGAAGGUAAAUAUAAUUUCAUACUUGAAGUGAAUCAAAAAGUCACAAUUUUGCGUGGGCCAUCUCUGAACUGUCAGGGAAUGAAUCAAUGGAAAAUGUUGAGCAGCUUCAUGGGAGAAAUGCUGAAAAGAUUUUUGUGUUUAUUAUAUGAUUAUAAACAGAAGAUGAAGGUGAAGAGGAUGAGGAAGAAGCGUCUUCCAGUAGCAGUGGAAGUGAAACUGAAUCCACAGCCAGUGGAGAAUCUAGUAGUGAGGUAAUAAUUAUAAUCAUCAUCAUUAUUUUCAAAAUUACUGACGGAGGCAGUUUUCAUUGCAACCUUUUUUGAAAAUUACUUAAUCUUGAUUGAACCACUAUGGAAUACUAUUCAGUUUUUGUAAUUUUAAACAUUGAAACUGUGUGAUAAUGAAAAGGAUUAUCUUCACAUGAUUAAAAAUGCUAAUGGAACUUAUUUUUUGAAGUCCCCAGUUGUAGAAAGGAUAUAAAGAUGUCAUUAGCUUUCAUUGGAUAGUUUGAUUUUAUGUGUGUUUGUUGAUUUGCUUCAUAGAGCUCCGAAGAGAGUGGCAGCGAAUCAGACACAGAAAAGCUGAAAGAGACAGAGAAAAAACAGAAAAGCAAGCCAAAGGUAUAUUUAAGACAGACAGAUGCAUAAAGCAGUGGAAAGUGUAAAUUGAAAUAUUUGAUACAUGAUUUAGCUUUCAGCAAUAAUACAAUGUACAAGCAUUUCCAGAACAGAAGUGAAGAUGUACUGAUUGUCAUGGUUAAGGUUUUUUUUUUUUCUUUUCUUUUUUUAAUCUUCACCUCUAAAGCAUUUUCAUUACAGAAGGCAAGAAAAUAUAGAUGUGUAAAGAGGUGUACCUGCAUUGAGAUUAUUUGAUUUUAUCCAAGAAAAUUAUUGAAUCAGAAGAAGAUGAUGAUGAUCUGUUUGGUGAAAAGAAGAAGCCGCCAGACUCAGAUGAAGAAGAUGAGAAGAGUGAUGAUGAGGAAGAACAGCCAAAGAAGGUAAAACGGUUUGAACUGCAGUUAACUUAACUUCUCCCUAUAAUAUCCAUACAUUAUCUAGCAGACAGGUAGUGAGAAUACUCAAACUUAUCAGGUAAAGGUUGUCAUCUUGAUCUGACACAGCAUUCUCCUAACUUAUUUACGAGGAAAUGUGUAGCAGCUAGAGGGGAGAAUUAACAAUCGGAUCUUGGGAAUUAAAGGGUUAAAGUUCACCUGACUAGACUUUAUCAAGAGGCUGUGAAAUUGUUGAAAUUGAAGUUGAAAGCCUCAGGAAGCACAUUGAGGCAACAAUGCUAUUGACAUGACAGAUUUAGGUCAUGGGUACUGGAACUAGUUCAUGCAAAGAAAUUAGGCCUUUAGAAAUGAAAAUGAAAAUGUUGUUAGUUUUGGGAUUUUGUCUCUAGACUUACUUAUCAAAAGAAGGACCAUCCCCAAUACAAGAAAAAAAUUAUUAAGGGGAUGUGUCACUGCACAGUCAAAUCAUUAUUCUCAAGAGUGACUUUAAACUCACCAAGUGAUCAAGUAAAUGAAAAGAAAGGGAAAGUCUUAACCCUUUACACCCUAACAUCAGUAUGCAUAUUCUCCAUACUGUUCUUAAUACAUUUCUUAAGGUGCUGACAAGGAGAAUUUGUUUACUGAUCAAAAGCUUCUUUUGUUGGUGAUCAUUUCCUUUAUUCUCAUGACCUUAAUGUGUGAUUCAGGGGUGAUAUUGUGGGGAGAAAUUAGAUGCUCGUCACUCUUAGGGUUUAAAGGGUUAAAGAAACCCUCAAAAUGUGACCAUGCUAAGAAUGGUGUAUGGUUAUGUAGACUCGAGUUUGUAGGAGAAUCAGAUAAGAAAGUAUAGCUGUAUGAUUGUUCAAGAAGAGUUUUAACAAUGAGCCCAUAACAAGAGUCUUCACCCUUUACACUCUCACAUCAGUAUGUAAGGAUCCACUGUAUUCUAUACAUUUCCCAUGUUACUUACAAGGAUAAUUUUUCCAACAAUCAAAAAAAACUCUUGAGUUUGCGAUCAUUUUCUUUGUUAUGACCUUUAGGUUUGAUUCAGGAGUGAUAUUGUUGGGAGAAAAUGAAAUGCCUAUCAGUCUUAGGGGUUAAAGAGUUAAGAGAGUGAUAGAUGUGAUUGUUAUAAUUCCAGGGCUGGUGAUGUAGACUGCUGAAUAGGAAUUUCUUUUUCUCCACAGCCAAAGGGUGGUUUAGACUUUGCCUCUGAACUUGCAGCAAGAAUUGGAGUUGCAAAGGUGAAGCAACCAGACAGUGAUGAAGAUGAUAACAAAGAUAAGGUGGCUGAUGGUGAGUGGAGUGACGAGGAGAAUCAAGAGUCUAAAACUGUUGAAGUUCAGGAAAAACAACGCAGCUUGACGAAAAACAGUUUAACAAAAAGCCGCAGUGACAGCAAGACAAAAGAGAAGAAGUCUCAUCACCACCACCAUCAUCAUCAUCAACAUCAUGACAAAAGGGAGCGGACUGAGUCACAGGGAGAGCACAAGCAUAGAAAACGACGCGGCAGUAAGACCAGCCACUCUAGUGUGGACAAGCAUUCAGUUACCGCUGAGGAUGGUGAGAAAUGGUCAUGUAAAAUUAAUGAAUAUUUUUUAUAUACAUUUUCCAAGUGUUCAUUUCUUCUUUUGUCAGAUCUGUUUAGCCAGUCAAGUCCUCAAGAAGAUGGUCUCUUUGGAGGUGAAGGAACUCCAUUUACAAAGAAAGGAGGGCUGUUUAGUGGUGGAGGAAAUCUCUUUGAUGAUGUUGACGAAGACAAGGUGUGACUCAUAAUACUUGGGUUACUUGUUAGUAAAGGCUUUUGCAUGUUCUCAUCAUUGGUCCAAAGGUUUUUCUCUUUUCCUCCAUUUUUUCCUGCUUGUGAAAAAAAGUUAAAAAAGUUUCACCACAUAUCAUCUAGAAAACAAUCUUUUACCACUUGGAUUAGUGUUGGUCUUUCACCUAAAAAUGUAGAGUUUGCCUUUGGAAAUUUUUCUUGCACUGUAUUGAAUUUUUAAUUAAUGAAGUAAAGAUAAAUGUAUCUCAAGUCCCAUUAAAAUAUUUGACUUUGCUAAUACUGGGUUCAAAUGAAUGCUGGGAUUAGCCAACCCUGUACCAGGUCCUUCAAGGGGCAUGUUGUUUCACCUGGCCUUGAUCUUUGUUGUUGUUGUCCCAGAUGCAGGGCUGAAAAAGCCUUACAAAUUCUUUGAAAAUUGUAUGUUAGCAAACAUUUUUUCUUUCCCUGAUGGGCCAAGGAGAUCAUUGAUCUAUGUGGGAUUGUGAAAAUGACCAUAGACAUCCUGAAAGUUACAAAAUUCUAAUGGAAAUGUUUUAUUUCCAAUUUGUGGGCUAGCCAACUUGCAGCUUGGUAAAUAUCCACCAUUAUUCACCUCCACUUCAGUGAAUAACUGUCAAAUAUUGUGCAACACUUCAUUAUAAAUAUGUCUUAUUUUUUUUCAAACACAGGGUGACUUGUUUGCUGAGGCUUCAACUACGAAAACUAACAAACAAGAAGGACCAACAGAAGGUUGGGAAAUUUUGCACUAAAAAUGUAUAGGGAUGUUGAAAGUUAAAUAUUUCUUUUUAUCUGUAACUGACUGGCGCUUUCUUUUUCAGCAGAAGAAGAAUCUGUUCAAGUUAAACCCAGAGCAAGAAGCACAGCAAGUGGGAAAAAAAUCCCAGCUGGAGCCAUCUCGAUAUUUGGAGGUAUUUUUUUUUUCAGAUAUUAUUUGAAAAUGACUGGGCAGACUGGAUGUUACAAAACAAGUAUAUUUACUUUUUUCCCAGUUCACAUGUCUCAAGAGUGAUUGGCUUCCAAUUUCUCCUCACAGUAUCACCCUUAAAUCAAAUAUAAAGGUCAUGAGAACGAAGGAAAUUAUCACCAGUUUAAGAAGCUCUAGAUUGUCGAGCUAAUUCUCUCUAUCAGAACCAUAGGAAAUAUAAAGAGAACAGAGUGGUGAAUAUAAAUAUUAAUUUUAGGGUGUUAAUUAAGACAAUACAGAGAGAUGGAUGUGCAAAUUAAUUGUAACAAUUCUUUCCUUUAGAUUCUGGUUUGUUUGGAUCACCAUCACCAACAAAAGAGGUGAGGGUUCAGUUUAUUUGAUUGGAAAAGGUGAAAAUUAGCAGUUUGAUGCUGAUUUGUUUUGAGGUUUCUGUUAUAUAUAUGUGUCAUGGCUAAAUAGCAUUUUGCAUUUGUGUAUCAAGAGUAAGUAGGGAUUGCAUUUAUUUGCUUGAAUCCAUGAAAAACUACUUGUAGAACCAAUUGCAAUUUUGUUACUCAAAUUUCUGAAAUUGGAGCUACUACCAGGAAACAUACUGUAGACAUCAGCUGCUUCUGCAAUUUGUGUUUGUUCUUAUUGGCAUCUGAAACCUUCUUUCCCUUUUGGAUUAAUUUGAGUUUGGGAAUGGGAUGUAAUCUGUGGUUUAAUCCUUCACUGCUUCUACAAAAGAAAACAAAAAAGCUAGGGUGAUAACAAAUCCCACUUUAGAUUUUGACAACUUUAUUACAGCAUGUUUUGAAAUAGGUUGUUGUUCAUCGUGGUAGUUGGAUGAUAUUAUAAGUUUGUUCUGUUGUCUUACGACAAGGUCACUUGAUGUAGAAUGUAACAUUUUGACUGCUUACAGCAUACUCUUAGUUUUCUUUUGUUGGAGGCAUUUCCAUCCAUUGUAUAUAAUAUGACUUUCUUUUCUUUCUAUUUCUUCUCACUAAGGACAUUACUACCAGUCUGACUAAAAACCAUCAAAAGCACGAGGAAACUGAAACAAAACCCAAACCCAAGAGUGGAGGGGGUGGGGGUGGUUUGUUUGAUGGUGAUGAUGAUGAUGAUCUGUUCAGUGGUACAACUUUUAAACCAUCUGCUGCGUCUCCGGUAGUUCAAGGUAGAUAUCUUUCUUGAAUCUCUAUAUUAGCGUGCAAAUUCUCAACAACACCUCAGUUGUAUUGUCUCAGUGAUUGAAAAUAUUGUGGACAAGUUGUUGUCAUUGUGCAUACUCACUUUUUCCAUUUCUUCCCCAAUUUUUUUGUACUUGAAUCAGAGAUUUUGGACAAGAAGUUAAUUUUUUCAAACACUUCUUUUGUCAUGUUGGAUUUUUUUUUCAAACUAUCAGAAAGAGUUAGGGGAUCAAAUUUGGUUCAUAUCACAGAUACAAAAAGGAGUAGUUUCAUCUUUUGUUGUUGUUGUUGUUGUUGUUGUGAUCAUUGUUACAAACACUAUCAUUCUCCUUUGAAACAGAAACUGCAAAGACCAAACCCGCAGCAAAUAAAGUUGAUCUGUUUGGUGCUGACAAUGAGGAUGAAGAUGAUGAAGGUGAUUUGUUCAGUGGAAAACCUGCAGCAAAGGAACCUGCUCAGGCCCCCCCAAAGAAAAAGGUGUGUUCAAAAUAGCAAAUCUCUCUUCUUAUUUCAGCAUGUCUCAGUUUUCAAAUUACCAGGAUCUUCAUCGUCCUGAUAAACUGGGUGAGAAUAAUCAUAACAUGGUUUACUCUGCAAAGAAGCUAAAUAAAAAAGUGCGUCAGGUUAGAGUAAUGCGUUCCUGUUUCUUGCACUGUUUCCUUUAGCUACCAGCUGGUGCAGUGUCCAUGUUUGGCAGUUCACCACCUCCUUUACUGAUGGGCAAGAAUACUAUUGAUGAUGAAGAGGUGAGUUUGUCUAAUAUUUGAGAAUUCUAGCAUAGAUUGCAUUUCAGUAGAAAAUAAAAAGUAGAACCUCACUAACUUGAUCGGUGUAACUUGAGUUUCCCUUUGAUAUUAUUAUGAUAAUGACCUUUUCCUUGCUUAUAGGGAGUUAUGAAUACCUCACAUCGUGAAACACAUUAUAUAACAAAUAUCUUAUUUGAAAGCUAAAAUAUAUUAUGAAAGAUGAAUGCAAUGCCCAAGGGUGAUUUGAAAACAUCAGCUUGCUUUAAAAAUUUCCCUCCGAUUUGAUAAUUGAGAAUGAAAUUUUUAAAUGACCUUCUUAUCUAAGAUUAUAUAGUCAGUCCUGACUGAUUGUAUUGUUGAGAGCUUUUGAAUUAGAUUUUGAUUUUUUUAAACUAGUUCUUUUGCUAUUAUUACUCCACAGAAAGAUGAUACUGGGUUGUUCAAGGCAUCCGCCGUUGCACCUAAAAAGACCGAAGUAAAAACUUCCCCUGCUCCUCAGCUAACCAAGUCAAAAUCCGGGGGAGGACUAUUUAGUGAUGAAGACGAGGAAGAAGGGGGAGGGUUGUUUGGGGCUUCAGCUACAAAACCACAGCCCAAGGAAGAACCAAAGUCCAGACCAAAAACAAAGACAACGAUUAGUCUGUUUGAUGAUGAUGAACAGGAUGAAGAGGAGGAUUUCUUUGCUGCACCAGCAGUUUCAAAACCAGCCAAGAAUGAGCCAACCAAGGACAAACCCAAGGAGGAAGUUAAGGUCACUAAUCUAAUUUCAUUCAGGUCAUUCAGCAAUUUUUUUGUAACAGGUUGCUGUUACAGAUGCCUUCAUAGCCCAAUGAAGAAGUCAAAGUCACAAAUCUGAUUUCAGUUAGUGAUUUUUUGUAACUGGUUGCUGUUGCAGGUGCCUUUAGUUAGAAAAAUUGCGAAGAAUAAGACGCGAUGAAAUAUACGCUUUAAAUUUACAUGGUUCUAAAAAGCUGCCGGACUGCUGUUAGUCUGAUGAAGAGAGCUUUUCCUGGAAGCUUAACCAUAACUGUUCACACAGAACUAGAUUUUAGUGAGUUGGUGGUUGGUGCAAAGGAAAAUAAUACUAUUUCAGGUUAUGUUUUAAACGUGAUCGUGUCACUGAGUGAUCAAUUACUAAAUUGUCUCUGACUGGAACCCUUCAUGAACACUUUGUUUUACUGCAGGAAACUAAGGCACCCAGCGCUAAGAUUUCAGGGCUUUUUGAUGAUGAUGACGAGGAUCUGUUCAAUUCGCCAUCACCUAAACCUUCCCCCUCUCCCAAUGUCACGCGCAAGGAGGACAAAAAAGUAUGUGGUAAAACUGAGUAUUUUAUAGGGAAAAAAUUGGUUAUGAAUAUUUCGAUUUGCUCUUAGAAAUUGCUUUGUAUUUUUAUUGACGUGAUUGGCUGAUUGACAGACUUUCUUUCUGAAUGAUUGAUUAACGGACCGUCUUGACUCAAAUUAUUGACUGAAUGGCGACUGACUGAUUGAUUUAUUGAAUGAUUGAAUGACCAACUGACCAAGUGAUUGAUUGACUCACUGAUUGAUAGAUUGAUCGACCGACUCAUUGAUUGAUUGACUGAUUGAUUGACUGACUCUCAUUGAUUGAUUGAUUGAUUGAUUGAUUGACUGACUGACUGACUCACUGAUUGAUUGACCAACUGACUGAUUGAGGCUUCGUCGCUUUUCUUCUUUCAUUGUUUUACUUUCCUAAUUUUUUUAUAGGAAGAAACCAAGCCUAAUAGGAGUUCUUCAAAAAUGCAAUCUUUGUUUGAUGCUGAUGACGAUGAUGAAGGGAUGUUUGGAGGCACAUCGGAGGAUAUUUUUAUCGCGUCGACGGUAAAAACAAAACAAUAAAUACCAAAUAAUUAGUAAACAGGUUUUAAAAUGAUGGUAAAUUUAACUACCUCUAUGGAUGAAUUUCUUUCGGAAAUAUUAGAUGUCUUUGUCAUUGUGCGCGCUUAGUGAAGAAUGACUGCUUAUCUUUCAAAUGUUUUCUCCAGUCUCCUCAGAAGUCAUUUGAGUCCGUGUCACCUUUAUCAGCGGCCAUAUCAGAAACGGUUCCGCCUCUUGACGGCACAGAUGAAGUUUCAAUCAGCAAAGCGAAACCUAAACCAUCCGCAACAACAGCAGCGGCACCGAAAGCCAGUCUGUUCAGUGAUGAAGAUGAUGACCUGUUUGGAGGGAAUUCAGUGGAGGAACCAAAAGUCGAGGAGAAGAAAGAAGUUAUAUCAGAGAGCCCGAAACCUAGGAAACCAGUUGGCGCAGUUUCCAUGUUUGGUGGUGUUGAUCUGUUUGCGGGUAAGAGGCCUUCGUUUCUGGGGGAAAAGAACAAUGCAGAGAGCUCAGAGCCAGUCAAAAAAGAAGAAGGUUUGUUUCCUAAGUAGCCUUUGUUUGUGUUUGUCACGCCACACGUUGUUUUGACUCGAUACGCUCUCUCCGCUAGAGAGUGUUAUUUGAAAGACAAAACAACAGUUGUUGAGGUGAUUGCUUUAGUUUCGACUCUUUGAGUUUUGAUGAUUCUGAAGUCAAAAUGAGAUGCCAGCAAUAUAUGUGAACUUUUUAUUGUUUUUACGAUCAGACAAGCCAGCCACCACUGAGAAAGAGGCAGACUUAUUCGGUAGUGAACAAGCUGAAGAUGAACUGUUUUCUUCCAAACCGAAGAAAACAAAACCAAUCGCACCCCCUUCCAAAGCCAAGCCAAGUUCAGACUUGUUCGGUGCAUCUCCCGAAGAUGAUCUGUUCUCUGCUCCUAGCAAACCACCCUCAGGUAAGACUAGGAGAUUAAUCCCGUCUCGGAGCGGUUUCGCUGUUGGAUAUACUCCAUCGUAAAAUUUUAAGGUGUUAGAUGUUUGUUACGAGCGUGGAAAAAUUACAAUUCUGAGUCCACCGUGAGGCUUCCGGUCACAGUUCUGAAAUCGUGUUUGAAUGGUUUAAAAAUUCAGCUGAGGAACGUAUAACUCGAUGUUGGGUUCAUUAGGCUCACAUACGACACGCGUCUUGAUCAACAAUGUCGUCUGAAAAAACCCUUUGGCUUCCAUGUUUUUGUUUUUUUUUUUAACAUGGUUGCUUUCUAAAGAAAUGUUUUCGUCUUGUCACGAGGGUGGGACAAAGAAACAUUUCGAACCUCAGGCCUUCGGAUUCCGCUCUCCAAUCUUCUGCCACUGAGCUAUAGAUACUCUACGAUGAUCCAAGAUAUUACUAAGUUGAUAUGUGACAUGCGUUCCGCACUCUGCUCGGUUCAGCAAUGUCGAAAGCUUUGGGUGAGUAAAACAGAAUACGAGAGAUGGUGCAUCCUAAGCUCGGUAAUGAAAUGAAGAAAGAUGUUGUAGAUGAGAGUUCACGCAGCAGUUCAUUUGUCGUCUAAUUCCAGAACCGAAGCCAGUAAAGCCCCCGGUUAUCUCGAAACCAGACGUGGAGGAUGGACCAACCCAACCCGUUGAGCACGUGGAACCUGUCAAACCUGUAGAACCAGUAAGACCCAAGAAACCUGCUGGAGCGGUGUCCAUGUUUGGUGGUGUGGACCUAUUUGGCGGCAGCAAAUCACCGCCAUUUUCAGUGGCGGCCGCCAAAUCACGUGUACCUGUAAAACCAAAAGGUAGCACGGUCUUUCUGUUUUUGCCGUUACCUAACCGUGAGACCACCAACACGUCAUAUAUAGGGUUGUGAGAAUUGUUUUUGCCUCAACCCUGAAAGCUCCAAGAGUGACCAGCAUCUGAUUUCCGCUCUUCCCCCCCCACCCCUCCCAAUCCAAGGAAAAAAGAGAAACAGUUUUGGGUAUGUUUUCCCCUACAAUGUCUUUGCUAAUUUUUUUUGCAGAUCCCUUAGGAGGGGAUGACGAAGAAGACUUGUUUUCUUCAAAAUCUAAAGUUAAAAAAGAAGCUGAGCCUGAGGUGAAGUUGAGUCUCAGUAGUUAAUAAGGUUCUCUAAGUAGCCAAGGUAACAUUCAGUAUUAAGUUUAUAUAUAUAUAUAUAUAUAUAUAUGUGUAUGUAUGUAUAUGUAUAUAUAUGUAUGUAUAUACAGUUCAAAAUAACUAAAAUGAAACACGCAUGAUUCUCUGUUACUCUGAGUUUCGUGCUUACGCACUCGUCAGACGAGUGCGUAAGCGCGAAACUCAGAGUAACAGAGAAUCAUGCGUGUUUCAUUUUAGUUAUUUUGAACUGUAUUCCGCUCUACACUCACGUGUAUCGAGCACUUUCCUACAGCAUUUGGUACAAUUUCCCACAAUUAUAUGUAUAUAUAUCGGAAUGUAAACAGAUUUAUUGCUCGAUGCAGUUCAAAACCGCUUAUCCUUUAUACUGGUAUACACCACACUUAACUUUAAAACCAGUUUACCAACCAGAACUGAAAAAAAACGACUUUCUCUGUUUAUUUUAGCCGUCAGGUCCACUUCCGGUACCCAAGGCAGCCUUGUCACCAUUCCCCUCAAGCGUCAGCCCUAAAACGUCGCCGGUGAAGCUUGGGUCGGGAAUUGAGAAGCUGCAGGUAUUUAAUCUGCUUUGAAAGGAAGAGUGACAUCAUAUCUGAAUCAUUCUUUUUUCUCGAUCUUUGUGAAUCCUUUAAACUCUACUAGUAACUAGUCUCUAAUUUCUCCCCACAAUAUCACCCCUGAAUUGCACAUUAAGGUUAUGAGAAUAAAGGAAAUGAUCAUCAGGGAAGGAACCUUUUGAUUGGCAAGCAAAUUCUCCUUGUCAGCAGAGUAGGAAAUGUACAAAGAACAGUGUGAAUAAUUUGCAUACUGAUGUUAGGAUGCAAACGGUUAAGGAAUAAGAGACCGAAACAUAAGAAUGAAACACGACGAGUGAAGCUUUUCACCUUCUAACUGAACCUUAAGAAGCUAAGCCAUUGUUUGUCUUUCGUGAAAAUAGAAAUCCAUGUAAUAACAUACGUGAAAAAAAUUUUGCGCGUCUGAUGGGCUGAAAGCGAAUGCAUUUUUUGCGUAACACGAAUGCAAAGUCGUAACACGAGUGCAAAGGCAAAGUUGUAAUACGAGUACAAAUUACAAAUAGUGCGCGCUGCCAAAAUUCGUCUGUCCUGACUUUCUGUGAUGCAUUUUUCAUGUAAAUUAUUUUCAAGGAACAAAAUUAUUUCUCGUGCAAUUUGGUGUAAAUAAGCACUUGUAAAUUUUUCGUAGACUACAAUUUUCACUCGCCGUAUGGGCUCGGUGUACGGUACUUAUUUGAAUGUGUGUUUUUUACUCUUGUCAGAAAUCUCUCGCCUUUAAUCCCGCCAUGUUGAGACCAGGCGCGGCUCCGCCCAAGAAGGAGGCCCCGGCUACUGUAGCUUCAUUUGACGAGCCCGCCAAAGUCACCACCUUGGAGAGCACUAACAAGGUUCGCUUGAAUCAACUCAUUUUAUUGUUUUCUUGAUAUUUGAAACGAGUGAGGGGGAAAAAGUCCCAGUCCUCCUGCAACGUUCAAUUUCUCGGUCGGUUGGUCGCUAACUAAGCUACAGAGAACUUGUUGGUACUCAUAUGUGUAAGGACCUUGCAUAUUGCCAUAUGCAAGGUCCUUAAGUAACAUGCACUUUGCAUAUCAUUGCAAGGAUCAGCAAGGUGAAAAGCAUCCUUUGUGAAGGUGGAAUUAUAAAGAUAGUACGUUUUGAGCGUUGGAGUCUAUUAAAGACAAGUGAAAAAAUCACAACCUUUGCCAUGUCAGAUUUUUAUCUCCUUUGUUUUUUUUCUUUGGUUUCCAUUUCAUCAACUUAUUUUUUUUGCAUUAUGUUUCAGGCUCGCGCCAAAGUGCAAGUCAAGCGCCGUCCUCCAACACGCCAAGCCCGUCGAGCUGCGGCUGCAACGAGUAGUGCUUCGGACGCAUCACUUUUUGGCACAUCGACGAAUGAAGACGAGUCCAUUAGCGCUCGAGUAUCCUGGGGAGGAUUUCCCUCUCCGGAGGAGGGACUGGGAAAGAGUGAAGUGGAUUCUGGGCAGCGACCGUCGAGGACUGAGACCAAGGAUUCUGAUAUGAGCGACGAAUUUUUCGGUUUCACUAGUUCUGAGUCCACGCGGGUCAAGAAAGAUGUCUCCGAGGACCCUUUAGCGGGGGGACUUUUUUCAGAUUCUGUUUCUUCGAAGCCGAAAGUUUCGACAGCUAAUGAACUGUUUAAGGACGACUCCGAUGAUUUAUUUUCAAUUUCAAUCGAGAAAACAAACAAGACAGAUGUAGACGAUCCUUUUUCUGUUGGUAAAACAAAAGAGGAAAAUAAACCUAAGACUGCAGACCCGUUAAUUACAAAUGAUUCUUCUCCAAAUUUACCUAGUGCUACAUCUCCCGAAGAUGAUUUAUUUUCUUCUGGGACAAAUACAAAGGAGAGAAAAUCUGAAGCAAUCUUAAAGGAAACGCCCAGCAAAGAUAAAGAGGACUCCAAGAUUUCCUCGCCUCUAGAUAAUGAUGAUUUACUUUCAGCUGUCCCUAAAGCCGAUGAAAACGUAACUAAAACAAUAGCUGCAAAAGAUACACUCUCCGCCAAACUUCCAGCAAACCUUUCAGCAAAGGCACAAUCGCCAGUCUCAGAUGGCGAUUUGUUCGCGUCAAGUACAGGAAAAGAAGAGGGCAAAUCCGACAAGGGGGAGAAAGAAAAAACGACCGCGGAUAAAAAAUUUCCUUCCCCUCUCGGUGACGACGAUGAUGAUUUGUUUGCCGUGAGUGCACCGGCCAAGAAAGAAACAAAAACUAUUUCAGACAGUGCUGCGAAGAAAACGGCAAGUCCGCUGACCAGCAAGAAGGCGGUUACGAAAGGAAGCUCAAUUCUUGACGUAAGUAGUAUUUGGCUUCCUUUGAGAAGCAUUUAGUGACACAAUUAAGUUUUUCUUACCUGCUUCUGCAAGGAAAAAUAAGAAAAACAUUUUCCUUCACACAAGUACGAUAGCAAUAACUUGUGCCCGGCGCGCGGUCAGCUCAUACGAACGAAAAGGCAGGCAAGCGAAAAUCCACGGGGACUUGGGAAGGAGUAACGAACUAACUAGAGCCUAUUCCCCCCCUUCCAUUUUUUUCUUGCUUGUCCCGAUUUUUCGCUCGUCCUCGGAACCUGGAGUACCUCAGUGCAUCAGGCUACGUACAUGCGGGAUUAUUUUAGUCGUUUUUGUUCGUUAUUUGAAAGACAAGUAUAUAACAGGCGCAAAACGUGUCGUCGCAAAUCUGCGAAGAUGCAGAUGCAAGUUUGAAUUUUUCUCAGUGGAUGAUAUAGCCUGAAAGAAUGAUGGCUUGGAAUCUCUUCGUUUGUCAUUAUGAAUUGAACACGGGAGCGGAUUUCAAGAACUAUUUUUGGAAUAGAUCAGUGGCCUAGUUGUAUAUGAGUUCGUUAAGUUUUUUGGUUUUUUGUUUUUUUUUUUUUUUAAUUUUGUUGUUUUUGUUUUGUAGGGUUUCUUUUCUGUCUUUUUUUCCUUCGGCAAAUCGAGUUCCCGUCCCAACUGCUUGCCUCAACGAGCCUCUUCUUCUGCCAUGCGAUCACAGAUUACCAUUUAGCGCUGAGACAUUUCUGUUUUCUUGACUGAGGCUUGAAUCGGAGGGGAAAAGACACGCCUGCGCGUAUACUAAGACUGUCUAUGAGUCAACUUUGCUCUUGAAGGAACGCGCGUCUCUCCCGCGUGGACGUGUUUCUCUAGCGCGAUUUCGCGUGAAAUUAAGUUGUGAAAUGUUUUCAUUAGUUGAUGCCGAAUUUUUUUUUCGGUAUAAGACAUCUUAAUUUUGGUCUAAAAACAACAGUUUGACAUAAAGAUAACCAUUACUUAGUGGGAGGUCUUUGGAUUGAGAAAAUGAAAACUGUCCCCCGUCGUUUGCGUGGUUCGCGAGUAGUUCCUGUUUCCAUGGUACCGAAAAAACAGCUUUAAUUUGGAACGAUUAUUUGAUAUUCAAAGGCUGAUUUCUUGCAAGAAGGAAUCAUUAGUUAACGCUGACAAUAUGUAAACUGUUUGACACUAAAAACAGCUAUGCCAAAGAGAAAGGGAAAAACAUUUACAUGUCUACCAGCUUAUACACCGACGAAAAAUGUGAAACGUCAUCAAAUAGAUUCUUUUUUGGUUUGUUUGUCUAUAUUGUAAUUUCAAUUGGAUGUUUUUAAUCUAAGUUUGCAGCUGACGAUAAUCGACCUUUUAUUUCAUGUCUAUAUUUAUAUACACAACCAUAUAUUAUUUAUAUUUUUCAAGGGCACAUGACUUUCAGGUGACUUUUAUUAAAUAAGAUAUAUUUAUAAACAUAGAUAUUGAAAAUAUAAAGCGGCAAAACAGAUUGCAAAUUUUCGAAAUCUUUUUAAAAUCUUCGUUUUAUUUCGCUCAAGACUGUUUGUAAUCUUGUGACAAAAUUUCAAGGGUAACUUAGGAGAGUUGUUUGUAAAAAAUUGCUUUUAAUAAAAGAGGAACAGGUGUUAUCAACAUAUGGCUGCCCACCCACUCGCUAAAAAAACCUUUAGUGCUUCGACGUAUCGUUUAAUUUGGAGAAGAGCUGCAAGAGCUAUUGCAGUGAAGACAGCGAAGAAAAACUCUUGUGUGGGAGAUCUUUCAUUUUUCGUUUGUAUUUAUAUCUUCCGCCAUCAAGUUGACAUGCUUAAAAAAAUAUUUUCAAAACAUUUAGCAAAAAUUUUAUAAUGAAAUUUAUAUUUGCGCAGCUCGAGUUUUUCUUGAUCUUGUUUAAAAGGCGUCCAUCAUAUGUGACAUUCGCAGCGCACUCAAAACGUUUUCGUCCAGAUAUGCCUUUGUGUUGUUUUCCUGUGUUUUUGAUGACGUGUUAUCUGAAGGUUUCCAUUUUGAGAAACUGACUUGUAAGUCAUGUUUGUAACGACGUUUCGUAUUAGAAGUUGAAAGGUUUUUUUUUUUUAGUAUGAAUUAUUCUGCUAUAGUAUGAGUUUCCUCGCAGAUUGCUUUUUAACUCGUUUGUUAACUGUUUUCAGGAAGACGACGAUGAAUUAUUCUCCGUCAAAAAAACCGAAGCCCGAAAGCCGAAGAAAGUCGUGAAACCGCUGGGAGACGACGACUUGUUUGGAGACUCGGGUGACAUCUUUAGCGAUAUUCCGAGCAAACCCAAGGGACCUAAAAAGAAAAAGUCUGCAACCACUGCACCCAAAGACGACAUAUUCGCUGAGGGUGCGGCUACUGGAGGUUUGUAAUAGUUUUUGUUACGGAAAAGUAUCUAUCUAUUAUUGAUUUAUGAAGUUUUUCCCCGAGUGCGAGUUAAGGAAGAAAUACAAGGAAGAGUGAUACCGCCGCCAAUUUUGUGGUGAGAUAGAAUGCUCUACCGAGUAACAUGAGAGCGAAGUCGCCUUCCACGUUCCUGAAAAAAUCGUCAAUAGGAAGGAGACUACCGCUUAAGACUGGGAAAUUCGGCGGGGUUGGCUGGGGUACGAAUCCUUACAGAGGUCUUAGCAUUGUUUUAUCCAACGCCCGCCAGACAUGCGUAACACCUCGUUUUUAGCUCUACUCUCGAUUUGAGAUCUUUUUAUUCUGAUUUUUCACGCAGCAUGUUUGUUAACGUUGUGACAACUGUCUGUUCAUUUACCCAGUUUGUCGGCCAAUCAGGCAUCUUAAAAUUGCCUGUUGAUAAUUUUAAAAGGUUCUUCUCAACCAAUCACGGUAGUCAUCGUCCCAUAUUCAGGCUUUCAGCAUCGUAUAUUCGUUAUCCGAACAUUUCUAAUAACCACGGGUCUACUGUUUACUUUCUUGUCUUAUCGACUGUUUUGGUUCCUGAUUGCUGCGGUUGCCGUACACUGCUGACUCAAAUCUGGCAGGCUCGUUUUCCGUCGCUCUUGGGUCCAGUCUUCGUCCUGCUUUCCCACACCCUCCCCAUCCGUGGGCUUAUUUCUCGUGCGGAGACUAGUUAAUGUUCGAGCCACUUAAGUCAAUGCAAGGUCUGUUUGUAAUUAUCAAAGCGGGAGUUGAAAACGUCGUCUGGAGAGCAGAUUGAAACAUUUCAACGCCAUAGUAGAAACAGUGGCUAUGAUGUGAAUAUUGAUUACUCUUGUUGGGAAAAUGUUGCUUAUGUCAUUUCCGAAAUAUAUCGAAUAGCUUCAUAUCGAGAUCCUUGAAUACCCCGAAAAAUUCUGAAUUUUUAUAUUAAAUUUUGAGCCCUUGAAAGUCCUUCUAGAUUUUUUCCUCUCAAUUUUCCAAGGUGUACAUUUAAAGGUUGUGGUAUUUAUGUAAUCAUUUAUUCGUCAAUUCGUUACAACAGGAGAUGAGCAAGCGCCAAAGAAAACGGCGACAAAAGCCAAGAAGAAAACAGAUAAAAAGCCUAAAACCUCAAUUUUCGAUGACGAUGUACCAAGUAUAUUUGACGAUCCACUGAAUGCUACUUCGAAGUAACAAGUAUUGCGACAAAAAUUUUGUUCUCAAAACUGAUGAGAAGCCAAUCCUUUUACACAAAUAAAUUAGUUACGUAUUUUAUAUAAUAUAAGAAUAAGGUACUGGUUGCUGUCAUUACUAUUAUGUUUUGUGGUAUUUUUUGCUGAUUCUCUAAGAGAAGUACAGUGACGGUACCACAAGAUCAAAGUGAUUCGAGGAAUUUUAAUGUGCUUGAGAUUUCUAUUUUGUUUAGAAGAACGUGAAAGAAUGAAGUGAUUUUCUUGUUGCCUAAAUUUGAGAGAUUAACCAUAUCCCUUGACAGAGCCGAGCAGAAACUCUGUCAAGUACUCUCUUUCAAAACAUUACGCUAAUCCAUUUUACAAGCUCUUGAAAGACAAACCAAGAGAAACAAAACCAUGUUAACAUCUCGUUCCAAGAUGCAGGCUCACGGUUCGUGAAUGUAAUAAAAGUAGGCUACAUUUCCGUGUGCGUCAUUCCCAAUCAAUUUUGAGAUUCUCGCUUUCUAGUACACCGUAGGAAAAAUGGCCUCAUGAAAGAACCACUUACAAGAUUUCCAUUUUUUCAGCCUCAUACAAGGAUUUAAUUAACUUUAAGGUUUAACCUGAGGUGAAAGGGUAAUUAGAAGACAUCAUUAGGUACUCUUCAACAACACAUACGGUAGAGCCACUUUUGUUUUUCUUUGAAUCAAGUCCAACUGAUCCUUCCACACGAAUUAGAAAAAUCGUUUUAGCAGAUUAAUUUUAGUGCCGUUUAAAUUUGGAUGUUUGUAUAGCUAAAGGGGUCAACUUAAAUCUUUAAACCCAAGAUUUGGCGGAUAAGCAUUUCUCAAAGUGUCGAAAAUUUUAAAAGCGAAAGUAUUGAAGCUCGUCUCCCUAGCAAUGGUUAUUGUGAACCAGUGUAGUAAAUAAAUCUAUGUUUGCUCAUGGAUGGGGAAAAUUCAUCGUUUGCGUGACUUCUCAGAUGAAGUCAACCAUUGAAGAUCUCGUGAGGAAAAAAAUUUCUCACUUGGUGUACAAUCGAUUUAUCCUCUUAGCGCGUGAUUAGAGAAUCCUCCUGCCUGAACAAAUACUCACGCAUGCAGAGCAGAAGGCGUAUGGCACGAUUGCAAACAGCGCUGCCCUUGUCAGCAAAUAAUUUUGUCAUUGAAUCAAAUUCCACGUGGGAUCUUCCUGAGUGUAACAUGUCUGGAUGCGCUGGUAUUCACAUGUCUUUCACAUGUUCUAAUCGAUUGUUUUUAUUUUAACCCGAUGGUUAGAAUGCAGGAUCUGUGUUUAAUUAUCAAAACAGGAGUUGAAAACCUCGUCUGGGAGCUGACGGGGAGAGCAAUAUUAUAUAUACAUAUAUACAUUUAUACACCAUUACUCACGUUGAAAAAAUGUUGCUCUGAUUUAUUUGAUAAAAAUGUGGAGUGGAAUUUUUCGAAACCUUUCUUUAUAUUGAAAUUCAUGACUUGUUCCGGAAGUAUUGAAAUCAAAGAUCGCAAUUUAUACCCUUUAAUAGCCACCUGUUUGCCUUUUGCGUAUUUGAUAUAUUUCCUAACUUUUGUAAAACGAAAUAAAGUCGGAGUAAUCCAUGAAGAGAUGAUGCUCUCCCAAUGAUCCUUAUUAGUGGAGGGAACUGUUGAAGAGCAGGUUGUGUCGGAACUCUUCGAAUGCCUCC